GCCUUCCCCAAAAUAUCAUGAGCAUGUCGUGGGACGCGUUCCGCGCCGCUGCGUCCGCGCUGACGGUGUUCCAGGGCGCCCUGAUGGAUGUCAACCAUCCCUUCGCCGAGGAAUGGAACUGGGAGUGGGAGAUCGCAGCACCGUCGAAUCCCCUGCAUCGAGCCUAUCCCGGGUACGGCUACUUGAUCUCGCGCAACAACGUCCGGCACGUUGGAGCUGCACCACUCGAUGAAGGAUCGUGUGGUACGCAUGACGGCGAACUCGACGUUGGAGAGCGAUUUGUCUCGGAUCCUUGUGCCGUCGAUCCAACGACAAAUUCCGUCGAUGGCUGCAUGUGCAUGUACGAGUUCCAUGUUGUGUACAGUCCAACGUACAAGGUGCCGCUGCUCUAUCUCCGUGGUCAUCUAGUCGAUGGGACGCUGCUCAACACGCAGACCGUUCAGCAGCACAUGUCGACGCCCGGCGCCAAGUUUAUUUCCCAAGAUGAACAUCCCGUCCUCGGCCUUCCUUUUUACGUCCUGCAUCCGUGCGAGACAGCGGCAUGCCUCUCGCUUCUCUUGGACCAACGCGUGUCGACGGCCAGCAGCACUCGUCCGCCAUUGCCUCCGUUGCAACACUUGUUGGCUUGGCUCACACUUGUCCAGCCAUGCACGCGCAUCCGAGUCCCGGCGUCGUUCGCCAUGGCAUACCUUCGUUCUUCGUCGUCCUGAUUGCCGUCAUGCUGUCCAAGUUCCUCGUCGUUGCAGGCUUGCAUUUUCCGCGCAGACCACACCUGCAACGACCAAGAGCAACCCCCCAGCGCCUCCAUCAUCAUCGAUGGCGGAUGCAUUGUCCAGCAGCCGUCGGCGAGAAAUGCCGCAGUCGUCAAGACGGUGUGAGUUGAAUACGAUUUCGUUCUGUUGCUUCGAACACGCACAUACACACUGCUAUCGGUCGCCCUGUCGUAGUUCCAAGCAACUACAACUCGAUCCCGUCCUUCUUGAGUGCCUUCAGUCGCUGCAGCACCAUGCCAGAGUUGGGGCGUUUGGUCGAGUUGGACUGCAAGCACGCCUGGACGAGCUUCUGGAACUCUUCGGGCAGGCUCGUCCACUUGGGGCUCUUGGGGUCGUACGGGAUCGGCACACCUUUGCCAGCCAUCACGCUGUCGACAAUCCACACGUCCGUGUGCACCGUGCCGACCUAGAGGGACAGAUCGUUGUGAGACAAUUCCGUGCUGCCACCACCACGACCCCAGACCUCGCUAAUCUCUCGGUCAA